GCCAGGCUGACCGAGGGCUGCAGGGCACAGCAGAGCCCCGGCACGGCUGGGGUCACAGGCUCCUCGGGCCUCCCUUGCACAGCUGAGAAGACCUCUCUACGGAGCUCCGGAUGGCUGGGGGCUGGCUCUGAGGAGCCAUGAGCACAAAGGGCCCCAGCCUCGCCAGCUCCUCAGCCAUCAGCCCCCUCGCCUUUCUCUCAGCUCCCGUCACUCCCGGGACCCUUGCAGAGGCAAUCGGCCCCCUCCCCGUGCUCAUCGCCCUGGCCUGCAUCUUCCUCCUGCUGGCCACCUGUCUGCUGUUCAUGACACUCUGUAAGCCAGCAGCACUGGACCCGAGCUGCCGCAGGGCUCGUGAGUGCAUGCCCCACCACCCCGGGAGCCCCAGUGAGCCCCAGCUCCGGCUCUGGAAGCGCCUGGGCUCGCUGCGCCUCUCCCUGCACAGCUUCCGUCGUGGCCGGCCCUGCGCCCCUCAACAGCCCCUGCCAGGCCCCGGUGACAGCCACGGCGACUGUGACUGCACCGAAUCGACCAAGAUGUGACGGGUUGUCCACACGCAUGCCCCCACGACCCCCUAGGUCCUGCAGAGCCUCCCGCCUCAGACAGAGACUGGGGUUGCAGGCUGCAGGAAGACAGUGGCCCAAGCAGCCUGGGCCACCUCCCCCCAAGAAGCUCCCUGCAGGCCCAGGCCAGUGCCUUUUCCCAGAGAUGGUCCUCGGAAGAGCACCUUCCU